CUCAAUAAAUACUCCUAACCACCCCACAAUCAACUAUUCAAUCUUCCUCAUUUAUCUAACAUCAAAAAUAAGGUAACUAAAAUGUCAUAUCCUCACGAUUGGAUGCAACUCAAUUUCACCAAUGAAAAUCAAAUAAACCCCCCUCCAACCACCACCACCACUCCGGCCGCCAACGAAGGCCGCGGAGCGAGACCAAUCCGGCGGCGCUCGAGGGCCUCACGGCGAACUCCCACCACCCUACUCAACACCGACACCACCAACUUCCGCGCCAUGGUGCAGCAAUUCACCGGCAGCCCCGCCGCCGCGCCCGGCCACCUCGCCAGCGCCGCCGGGAUGUUCGAUUUCACGCAGCCGUCCAAUUUGUAUGGUGAUCAAGGGAGAGGAGCUCAAUCUCAUGUCCAAUAUCCGAUCCAUAUGCAGCAGCAGCGCGUAGCCGACGUGCAUGGACACGGCGGAGGCGGUAGCGCUCCGGCGGAGUCGUCGUCCCCAAAUGAGAGCUACAUGCUUUGAUCACCUGACUUUUCUUUUCUGGGUUUUGUAAAUUCUUUUCUCAUACAAAUAAUGCUGCCUAUUUUUGGCCACUUUGUUUUUCUUUUUUUGUUGAAUUGAAUAAGAGGGAUUACAUUUUUACUAA